AUGUCAAGGCCUGCUCAGCUUCCUCCUCGUUGCCCAAUUCCAAAGAAACUGUCUUUGAAUUCAGUUGGAGAUACAUAUUACUCUUCUUCUUCACCUAUUGAAUCAUACAUUGGUCAAUACAAGUCUUCCACUCAAGAUUCCACUCUAGAGGAUCAACCAGCUUGGCUUGAUGAGUUGCUGCGUGAGAAAACAGACGGGAUGUUCACUGGAGGAGGAGGAGGUCCUCUUCGGCGUUCAGCUAGCGAUUCGGUUGUGCUUUUGGGAGAGAUUUCAGAAAACUUUUCUGGUUUUAAUCAAAGUGAAGAUGAAGAAAGUUUGAGUUCUGAAGCUUGUGGAGAGUUGGAGUCAGCUUGUGUUUAUGGUCCUAGCUCGCCAAGAGCGAGGAACAGCUCGAGCUUCUCUAACAAUCCUAUUGCUUCGGCCUUUUCGGAUUAUGGUUUUGAGAAAGUUACUCAGAACUCAGAUGAUACUGUGAAUGGGAUCAAUCGUCCACCUGUGGAAGAGAAUGCUUGUGGUUCAAUGGGCGUGAAAAGGAACCCAGGACAGCGUUCAAGAGUUCGUAAGCUCCAGUACAUUGCUGAACUUGAGAGGAGGGUAUCCAUGUUGCAGGCGGUGGAAGCGGAUAUAUCAGUGAGAGUGGCUUCACUUCUUCAAACCCGCGCAACGCUGUCCUUGGAGAAUAGCCAGUUGAAACAGCAGAUGGCGAUACUAAAGCAGGACAAGCUCAUAAGAGAAGGCGAAUAUCAGUUACUGAAGAAGGAAGCUCAGAGAUUGAAAUCCGGAUUGGGAGACUUUGGGAGAAAUAACAACAAUAACAGAUUGGUCAGGUCAUAUUCUGCUGGUUCAAAUACAGCACCAAGGACAGCUUCGUCACACUUGGACUGGAAGUUGCUGGAUUUGACCAAACUCAAUCUCAACUAA